AUGGAGAAGGUGUGGGACUCGGGGCGGCGGAUGAGCCGGAGCAUCGGGCGGGGGAUGGGGGUGGAGACGUGGGGCGUGGACGAGGCCUUCCUGCACGGCAGCGGCGGCGGGAGCAGGCGCGGGAGCAGGGGCCACGCCGACGACGACGAGGAGGCGCUGCGGUGGGCGGCCAUCGAGCGGCUCCCCACCUACAGCCGCAUGAGGACGUCCAUACUCCAGGCCGAGGCGGACGCCGCGUCAGCCGCCUCGCCAACGAACGGGGCGGCGGAAGAAGGCAAGCAGCAGCAGCAGUACAAGGAGGUGGACGUGCGGAAGCUGGCCGUGGGCGAGCGGCAGGAGUUCAUCGAGCGCGUCUUCCGCGUCGCCGAGGAGGACAACCGGCGCUUCCUCCGAAAGCUCCGCGACCGCAUCGACAGGGUGGGCAUCGAGCUCCCGACGGUGGAGGUGCGGUUCGAGCGGCUGACGGUGCAGGCGCGGUGCCACGUGGGCAGCCGCGCGCUGCCGACGCUGCUCAACAGUGCGCGCAACAUCGCCGAGGGCGCGCUGGGGCUCCUCGGCGUGCGGCUGGGCCGGCAGGCGACGCUCACCAUCCUCAAGGACGUCUCCGGCGCCGUCCGGCCGUCGAGGAUGACGCUGCUGCUGGGCCCGCCGUCGUCGGGGAAGACCACCCUGCUGCUGGCCCUGGCCGGCAAGCUGGACCCGUCGCUGAGGUGCGCCGGCGAGGUGGCCUACAACGGGUUCCCGCUGGACGAGUUCGUGCCGCAGAAGACGGCGGCGUACAUCAGCCAGACGGACGUGCACGUCGGCGAGAUGACCGUCAAGGAGACGCUCGACUUCUCGGCCAGGUGCCAGGGCGUCGGCACCAAGUACGAUCUCCUGACCGAGCUGGCGAGGAGGGAGAAGGAGGCCGGCAUCCGUCCGGAGCCGGAGGUUGACCUUUUUAUGAAGGCCACUUCCAUGGAAGGAGUCGAGAGCAGCCUCCAGACGGACUACACGCUCAGGAUACUGGGGCUGGACAUAUGCGCGGACACCAUCGUCGGCGACCAGAUGCAGAGGGGCAUAUCCGGCGGCCAGAAGAAGCGCGUCACCACCGGAGAGAUGAUUGUCGGUCCGACAAAGGUGCUAUUCAUGGAUGAGAUAUCGACUGGGCUGGACAGCUCCACCACUUUCCAGAUUGUCAAAUGUCUGCAGCAGAUUGUGCACUUGGGCGAGGCCACCAUCCUCAUGUCCCUCCUCCAGCCAGCCCCUGAGACCUUUGAACUCUUCGAUGACAUCAUCCUCCUGUCAGAAGGCCAGAUUGUUUAUCAGGGACCCCGCGAUUAUGUCCUUGAAUUCUUUGAGUCCUGCGGCUUUCGCUGCCCAGAGCGCAAGGGUACUGCAGACUUUCUUCAAGAGGUGACAUCAAAAAAGGAUCAGGAGCAGUACUGGGCUGAUAAGCAGAGGCCAUACCGAUAUAUUUCAGUCUCAGAAUUUGCGCAGACGUUUAAACGGUUUCAUGUUGGUCUACAACUCGAGAACCAUCUCUCGGUGCCAUUUGACAAGAGCCGCAGCCAUCAGGCUGCCCUGGUCUUCUCCAAGCACUCGGUGUCAACUCGAGAGCUCCUCAAGGCAUCCUUUGACAAGGAGUGGCUCCUCAUAAAGCGCAAUUCAUUUGUAUACAUCUUCAAGACCAUACAGCUCAUUAUUGUAGCCCUUAUCGCGUCAACAGUCUUUCUAAGGACCCAGAUGCACACAAGGAAUCUGGAUGAUGGUUUUGUCUACGUGGGAGCACUGCUUUUUACUCUGAUUGUGAACAUGUUCAAUGGUUUUGCCGAGCUCCCUUUGACCAUCACAAGGUUGCCGGUGUUCUUCAAGCACCGGGACCUCCUCUUCUACCCUGCUUGGAUAUUCACACUACCGAAUGUCGUUCUCCGAAUCCCAUUUUCAAUUAUUGAAUCCAUAGUCUGGGUGGUUGUCACAUACUACACUAUGGGAUUUGCCCCAGAAGCUGACAGAUUCUUCAAGCAGUUGCUGCUCGUGUUCUUGAUCCAGCAGAUGGCCGGUGGGCUUUUCAGAGCAAUUGCUGGCCUGUGUAGAUCCAUGAUCAUUGCUCAAACUGGAGGAGCCCUGUUCCUUCUCAUCUUCUUUGUCCUUGGAGGCUUUCUUCUGCCAAAAGACUUCAUCCCAAAAUGGUGGAUCUGGGGCUAUUGGAUUUCACCGCUGGUGUAUGGAUAUAAUGCUCUAGCAGUGAAUGAAUUCUAUUCUCCUCGGUGGAUGGACAAGUUUGUAAUGGACAAGAAUGGUGUUCCUAAAAGACUAGGUAUGGCUAUGCUAGAAGGCGCCAACAUUUUUACUGACAAAAACUGGUUCUGGAUUGGAGCAGCAGGGCUGUUAGGUUUCACAAUCUUCUUCAAUGUGCUCUUUACUUUGUGCCUCACGUAUCUGAAUCCAGAGGAAAUGAGAGAGACGAGACUGAGUGCUCGUUUGAGCAAUAGUUCAUCAAAUGGAAUUUCUAAUGGGAUUUCACGAGUCAUGUCCGUUGGCAGCAAUGAAGCUGCUCCAAGAAGAGGAAUGGUUCUUCCAUUCUCCCCUCUAUCUAUGUGUUUUGAUGAUGUGAACUACUAUGUCGACAUGCCUGCAGAAAUGAAACAGCAAGGAGUGACUGAUGAUAGGCUCCAAUUAUUACGUGAUGUUACUGGAUCAUUUAGGCCUGGAGUGCUAACAGCACUCAUGGGAGUCAGUGGAGCAGGAAAGACCACUCUUAUGGAUGUUUUAGCUGGAAGAAAGACUGGUGGUUACAUUGAAGGAGAUAUCAGAAUUUCUGGUUAUCCGAAGAACCAAGCAACAUUUGCAAGGAUUUCUGGCUAUUGUGAGCAAAAUGAUAUCCAUUCACCUCAGGUCACGAUUAGGGAAUCUCUGAUAUACUCCGCCUUCCUGCGUCUUCCUGAAAAGAUCGGAGAUCAAGAUAUCACUGAUGAAAUCAAGAUUCAAUUUGUUGAUGAAGUUAUGGAGUUAGUGGAGCUCGACAGUCUGAAGGAUGCUUUAGUUGGACUGCCAGGAAUUUCAGGUCUUUCAACAGAGCAAAGAAAGAGGUUAACAAUAGCUGUGGAGCUUGUCGCAAAUCCAUCGAUCAUCUUCAUGGAUGAACCGACAUCAGGUCUUGAUGCAAGAGCAGCAGCAAUUGUCAUGAGAACAGUGAGGAACACCGUUGACACUGGACGGACUGUGGUUUGCACAAUCCACCAGCCAAGCAUUGACAUCUUUGAAGCUUUUGAUGAGUUACUAUUACUGAAAAGAGGAGGCCAGGUAAUAUACUCUGGGAAACUGGGUCGCAACUCACAGAAAAUGAUUGAAUACUUCGAGGCGAUUCCUGGAGUGCCUAAAAUCAAAGAUAAGUACAACCCUGCAACGUGGAUGCUUGAGGUCAGUUCAGUUGCUGCAGAAGUACGCCUGAGUAUGGAUUUUGCUGACUACUACAGGACUUCAGAUCUGUACAAGCAAAACAAGGUAUUGGUGAGCCAGCUAAGUCAACCAGAACCAGGAACAUCAGAUCUAUAUUUUCCUACAGAAUACUCGCAAUCCAUUAUAGGGCAGUUCAAAGCCUGCCUCUGGAAGCAUUGGCUGACCUAUUGGCGCAGUCCAGAUUACAACCUUGUCAGAUUUUCCUUCACUUUGUUCACAGCCUUGCUGCUUGGCUCCAUCUUUUGGAAGAUUGGCACCAAUAUGGGAGAUGCCAAUACUCUUAGAAUGGUCAUUGGAGCAAUGUACACAGCAGUGAUGUUUGUCGGCAUCAACAACUGUGCAACCGUUCAACCAAUUGUUUCCAUCGAGAGAACAGUUUUCUACCGAGAGAGGGCUGCUGGGAUGUACUCUGCACUGCCAUAUGCCAUUGCUCAGGUUGUCAUGGAGAUACCCUAUGUCUUCGUCCAAACCUCGUAUUACACCCUCAUCGUAUACGCCAUGAUGAGCUUCCAGUGGACAGCUGCCAAGUUCUUCUGGUUCUUCUUCGUCUCCUACUUUUCCUUCCUCUACUUCACCUACUACGGGAUGAUGACUGUAUCAAUCUCACCGAACCAUGAGGUUGCGGGCAUCUUUGCCGCAGCUUUCUAUUCCCUAUUCAACCUUUUCUCUGGCUUCUUCAUCCCAAGACCGAAAAUCCCCAAGUGGUGGAUCUGGUACUACUGGAUUUGCCCAUUGGCAUGGACAGUGUAUGGGCUCAUAGUUACACAAUACGGAGACAUGGAAGACACCAUCACCGUCCCAGGCCAACCUAACCAGACAAUCAGCUACUACAUAACUCAUCAUUUUGGAUACCACAGGAGCUUCAUGGCGGUCGUUGCACCAGUGCUUGUGCUCUUUGCAGUGUUCUUCGCUUUCAUGUAUGCUCUCUGCCUCAAGAAGUUGAACUUCCAAACACGGUAG